GGGAAUCACAUGUCCUCACACUUCGGGAAGAUUUGUAUUGGUACGGCGGCUGGGCUUGGAAAAUAUUGGGAAAUGGCUACCCUUGAACUCUUAUGGACAGAAUCCGUAAACAUGUGGACUAAUGUGCAUGUGACACAGUAGAGAAGUGCAUAGAGUAUUUAUAGGAACCGGCUUUUGUAACGCUAUCAGCUUGCUCAAGCAUGCAUGGAAAUCUAUGGGAAUUCAUUGUUGGCGGAGAUUCACCCAUUAACAGGAAGUAGGAAUAGCCAAGCGACUGAAGCUGUUUUGAUCAGUGUGCUUUUUAAACAUUUGUUUAUUUUUUAAAUUAUUACACUUUAAACAAAACAAAAAAUAAAUAAACCAGUGUUUUUAUAAUCAAAGUGUGAAAAAUAUCGAUGGAAUAUUGUAACUAAAAAUUCAAAGUCACUGGAGCUCGAACGUGUGUGAGAAGCUGUUUUUGAAAGUCCCAUGUAUAGACUUUCAGUUUGCUUUUGUGCUGUUUUUAUAUAUUUUUGUAGUCCUAUUUUUUUAACAGACCAUAUCAAUUGGAUGUAUACAAGACGAACGAACUAACUUUUGAUGCCAUGUCUGAGAGAAAAGUGUAAGCGGUUUUAACAAGGUUUUCGAAGGUCGAAGACCUCCACCCAAGAUGAGGUCUUCUUUGGCUCCCGGUAUCAGACUGAUCACGUCCUUCUCAAGAGACAGCUGGUACAGAGGUUUCACCCUCUUCCUCACCUUUCUCUUCUAUACCAGCUACCAUCUCUCCCGGAAACCCAUCAGCAUCGUCAAGAGUGAGCUGCACAAAAAUUGUUCCACCCUCAUUCGGCCACCAAACCUAAACGGAACUGACAAUGAAACCUGGUGUGACUGGGCGCCAUUUGACCAGGACAACUACCAGACGCUGUUUGGAGCCGUGGACAACUCUUUCCUCGUUGCUUAUGCCAUUGGCAUGUUUUUCAGUGGGAUAUUUGGUGAGCGCGUGCCCUUGCGCUACUACCUGACCACCGGGAUGCUUCUCAGUGGUCUCUUCACAUGUCUGUUUGGCCUGGGCUUCUACUGGAACAUCCACUCUAUCUGGUACUACGCCUUCGUCCAGGCAAUGAAUGGACUAGUGCAGACAACGGGCUGGCCUGCAGUGGUGGCCUGCAUUGGGAACUGGUUUGGAAAGGGGAAGCGAGGGUUCAUCAUGGGCGUGUGGAACUCACACACCUCGGUAGGCAAUAUCUUGGGUUCGCUCAUCGCCGGCAUCUUUGUAUCCUCGGCCUGGGGCAUGUCCUUCAUCGUGCCCGGCAUCAUUAUCGCAUCCACGGGCAUUCUCUGCUUCUUCUUCCUGGUGGAGAAACCAGAAGAUGUCGGCUGCAGCCCUCCGCAGCACCAUGAGGACAACGAGAAGGAGCCUCUCUUACAAAACUCAUCUAGUAGCGAGGAGAUCUUCAGCAGUCCUGGCCUGUCCAACUCUAUCUCCUCCGAGUCGACAGAGGAGCACACCGAGGCCAUCAGCUUCUGUGGGGCCCUCAGGAUACCUGGUGUAAUGGAGUUCUCCCUCUGUCUGCUGUUCGCUAAGCUUGUUAGCUACACCUUUCUCUACUGGCUUCCUCUCUACAUCUCUAAUGUUGCCCAUUUUGACCCCAAGGAAGCUGGGGACAUGUCAACACUAUUUGAUGUAGGAGGAAUUGUGGGGGGCGUUGUGGCUGGACUGGUGUCGGACCAAACUGGGGGCAGAGCCUCAACCUGCUGUGUCAUGUUAAUAGUGGCUGCUCCUAUGCUGUUCCUGUACAACCACAUUGGACAGUAUAGCCUAGCAACCACAAUCGGGAUGCUGUUGGUGUGUGGAGCCCUGGUGAACGGACCCUACGCCCUCAUCACCACAGCUGUGUCUGCUGACCUGGGGACACAUGAGAGCCUGAGUGGAAACUCUAGAGCGUUGUCAACGGUCACGGCCAUAAUUGACGGCACAGGGUCAAUAGGUGCUGCCCUAGGUCCUCUGUUAGCAGGAGUGAUCUCUCCGACGGGGUGGAACAAUGUCUUCUUCAUGCUGAUCACUGCUGAUAUCCUCGCCUGUUUGCUGCUGUCCAGGCUGGUGUAUAAGGAGGUGAGGGGCUGGUGUGGACACAGCCCCAGACAGAGAGGGUUCAAAGAAAUAUGAGUGGGUGCCUGGGACAAGAGACCGUAUCACACAUGCAAGGAAGGACGCAGGAAAAAGGACCAAGAACUAACCCCUGAGGUGCAUCAAGAUUUAUAGGGUGCCGAUCCUUUCAUCCUUCAUCCUUAAUGGCCCCAGACCCCGUCACCAGCGGAUGAAAGGAUCUGAAAAAGGAGGAAGGGGCCAUUGAUAUUUUGGGACCAUCUGAUGGAGAGAGAGAACAAGUCCUUUCUUCAAAUGGUCGCAAAGCACUUUCUCUCUUAUGCCUUUUUUAUGAUUAUUUUGUAUGUUUAUUUUUUUUCUCUGUUUGCCCCUCUCGGGGCUGUGUGCAUCUUUCAUCUUAUUAUUAAAAUAAUGUGCACACUG